AUGGAGCUGCUCAUGACAUGCUUGGGGGCAUUCUUGGCCUUAACGUCGCGGCACGCAGAAGCUUCCGUCAGCCUUGCGGAAGCUGCUGAGCAUGGAGCCCCAAAGGAAUUCCCUCUCUGCGGCGAUGCGCUCUGCAACUCCAUUUACCCAGGCUCGUGGUGUCGUGCAAGCAAUGGUGUGUGCCAGUGGGCUGAUGUGCCCUGCAGUUGUCAAGUUACCUCCUCUCCACCAACAGCUUCGACUACAUCGACGGUGACGACUGCCGGCUCCAUAACAUCCGUGAACCCGCAACCCACGACAAGCCAGGCAUCGCAACUGUGCGGGAAUGAGCUCUGCCAAUCAAUUCGUCCAGAUUCGUGGUGCAGGGCCAGCAACGGAGUGUGCCAAUGGACCAAUGACCCAUGUCGGUGCGCGGCCACUACAUCAGAGACAUCCACAACUUCCGCCAUCGUCACAUUGCCCACAACAUCUCGUCGAGCGCCGGAUGAGGAGAGGUAUGUCAGAACCGACAAGUCUUUGUACGUGUGGAACACUGGGGAUCUAAGCCGCGCCUGGUGGGAAUGGACGUCGGAGCACAUUGACCUGCUCGUCUCUGUGUGCAGGGUCCACGGCUUCAAACGCGCCAUUGUUUUCAUCGGAUCUCUCGAGUGGGAUUGGCAGAUCUUCCAAGGUAGCAUGCUGCCUCAUCAGGAAAACUUCGUCCGACUUUUUGCCGGUCUGCGAGCGGCUGGAGUCAUGCCAUAUGCUUGCUUUUACCUGAAUGAUGCGCCAAACGACCUGUCCAAUUGGCAACGAGCAGCAGAUGUGGUUUCAGCUGUGCAUCAUUUCAACCAAGCAUUUCCAGACAGCAGACUUGAAGGCAUCGAUGGAGACCAGGAGCCACAAAGCAUCAGCAGCGAGUACUUGCAGAUGAAUGAAGUGAUGCGAGCCAGGAGGGAAGAACUGGGUUCAGAGAUUACACUGACCGCUUCUCUAAAGCCUGGGUGGCUAAGUCGAACAUACCAGGGUCAAGCCAUGCUUCAGGCGGCCCUGACAAGUCUCGAUGUUGGGAUGAUCAUGGCAUACCGCUCCUCGGCAGAACUCUCGCAAGCCUGGGGGGAUCAGGCGCUGGUGCUGGCUGCUGCUGCCGGCAAGGGCAUGUGCGUGGCGAUCGAGACAAGCCCCCGGGCUCCAGAGACGGACUCCUUCUGGGAGAUGGCCAGCACUGACAAGACGCGCUUCUUGCAGAUGGUGGUGGACAUGGAUGAGCACUACCGGUCCGGAGCCGAUUCCUCCUUGUUCCGUGGACUUGUCAUUCACGACUAUGAGGGCUUCUUCGAGGCGAUGUAUGGGAUGAAGGCGCCGGACUAUCCUGGGCGCGUAGUGACCACAUUGUACGCUUAG